GUACCAGAAGUCCAUGCAGGCGCUGGACCUGCUGCUGCGCAGCUUCAUGUCUGAGAAUGAAAGCAUGGAUGAGAUCUGCUUCCUCCUGCAGCACGCGGAGCCCUGGCUGCUGUCGGACCUGAGCCACGCGCGCCGGCGGGCGGUGCAGUCGGUCUUCCUGCUCCUGAAGCACGUGGUGGAGCACCUGACCCUGACCGAGCAGGCCACGCCCUCUACGCUGGGCCACCAGAUUGGCCUGCUGACCCUGCUGUGGCAGGACGCGGACGAGGUGACCCAGAGCCACUCCCGCCAGUGUGUCUACCUGCUGCUGCAGCUCCUCCUCCAGCAGAAGGAGAAGAGCACGCUGGAGUUCAUGCAUCUGAACAAAAUGAAGAAUUUUGAAGCCAGGGCCAGCAGAGAGUCGGAGAUAAAGCUGUACUACGUGGUGAAGGCCCUGGAGAGGAACCUGACGGUGGCCCAGCACACAGAGCUGGUGCUCACGUUGCUGAGCGCGCUCUGCAGCCCUGAGGCCGCGCGCUGCCAGCUGGCCUCACACAUCCUGCUGGUCAUUGUUGAGAGCCGCGGCAUCAAGCCCGAGCAGGUGGCCGAGACCCUGCACGGGCUGGUGCAGGAGCUGCCCUGCAUCCUCUUCAAGAGCUCGCAGGAGGCCAUGCUGAGGGUGCUGGCGACGCUGGGCGCCCAGCACACCCGGGACACUGUGGAGGUCCUGCUGUCGCUGAACCGGCCCACCGAGUGGCAGGUCAUGCUCCUGUGGAAGGCCCUGGCCACCUCCCAGAAGCUGGCCCGCAAGGUCGUGACCCAGCUCUACGUGAAGCUGAAGCUGAGACCCUCCAGGGAGUCCGUGCGAUCCCGGCCCGAGGAGCUCAUCUCCCUGAUGGCCCUGAGCACCAUCUAUGAACUGCUGUACGUCAAGGACUACCGGGCGGCCGUGCGCUGGGCCUUCGCCGGCAUCCUCCUGGGCCUGUUGACCCAGCUCCACUACCUGUUCGAGCUGGACAUGGUGGCGGGCCUGGCUGACUACCAGGAGGACGUCCUGGAGACGCGGCCCCUUGGCCCCUGCAGGACCUGCCUGGAGGCCCUGAAAGGACUCUUCUGGACAAGCAACUACUGGGAGGUGUUCGCUCAUCUCAAGCUGCAGCAGGGCUGGGAGCUCUUUGAGUGUCUGGAAACCUACACGGAGGGGGUGGCCCUCUUGGCCAGGGCCAUGGUCUGCUAUGACUGUGAGGUCAAGGCUGUGUUGGGGCAGGCGGUCAUCGCCCUGAAGAGCUCCGAGGAGCGGGACAACGUCGUGGCCAUCCUCAUUGUCACGGAGUUCCUCAACAGCCAGGAGGCGGCGCAGUACACGUCUUCCAAAGCCAUGGGCCACUUCCUGGGCCUGGGCCUGGACAACCCCCACCCGCUGGUGCGGGCCACGAGCCUGAAGGGACUCAGCAGCACCCAGCUGCACCCUAAGAAGGUGGGCCUGCUCCAGAAGCAGCUGGCCGUGCUGCUGGACGGCUUCCUGAAGGCCAAGCCCGAGGACCUGCUGGGGCUGAUGUCACUCCUGGGCGACCUCCUGCGCCACCUGGGCCACCACGGCAUCAGCGCCACCAGCCUCAGGAUGGCCCAGCACCUGCUGCUCCUGUUCGAGAGCGACCAGGCGGAUGUGCGGGCGGCGGCCAUCGCCCUGUACGGAGACGUCCUGCACAGCGGCGGCCGCAAGUUCCAGCAGCCACUCAGGGGCUACGCCUCCCAGGCCCUCGUGCCGCUGCUCGUCCACCUGACCGACUCCUGCCCUGAGGUGGUCACGAGGGCCAAGUCCACCUUCCUGCGCUGUGCCAUCCUGCUGCGGUGGGAGUUCCGGAAGGAGCUGUUCGGCAAGCUGGCGUGGGGCCAGGGUCCCAGCGCCGAGAACAGCGUGUUCAUCUACAUGAUGGAGAGCAGCUUCGGCCACUACCCGCAGUUCCUCAUGCAGGCCUUGGCUUACCUGGGGAGCCGCCACCGCAACCUGAAGCUGACAGCCAUGAGGUUCAUCGGGACGCUGCUGCAGGACUAUUUCACCAGCCUGUGCUUCUGUCUGAAGAAGAGCGACCUGAAGCUGCUGCGGAAACACUUGGAGAUCCUCAAGGAGGACCCGGACUCCAGGUGCCGCCAGUGCUACCGCAGCUGCGUGGAGUGCGUGGAGGAGCUGGCCCAGUGCGUGAGCCGCUGACGCCGCCGCAUCCCUCAUUAAACGUG